CGAUACAUUCGACAUCCAGCACUUCACAUCCAUUCUCGCCACGACACUCUCCCCUCUUCACAUAUUCGCCAUGUUCUCCACCGUCAGGACAAGGACGGCACUGGCGCUGCGAGGUUCGCCCUCGACUGCCCUCCAGCCAUUCCGCGCCGCACAGGUCGUCAACGCAGCAUGGAUAUCCUCAUCCACGAAGAAGCCCGCCGAGACCGCACCGAACCGCGCUCUCGGGCCCAGCAACAUCCAAGGCGCACCAGGUCCGCCAGGACCGAUGAAGACAGUGACCGGCAAAGACCACCGCGAAGUGGCGCUACCUAGUCAGGAGGGCAACAACAGUGUUGUGCAAUACGCGCUCACAACUCUCGACUCAAUCGCCAACUGGGCACGCCAGGGCUCUCUCUGGCCCAUGACCUUCGGACUCGCCUGCUGCGCUGUCGAGAUGAUGCACCUGUCCACCCCACGAUACGAUCAGGAUCGCCUCGGAAUCAUUUUCCGUGCCUCGCCCCGCCAGUCCGACGUCAUGAUUGUCGCCGGAACCCUCACAAACAAGAUGGCCCCCGCCCUCCGUCAAGUCUACGAUCAGAUGCCCGAUCCGCGAUGGGUGAUCAGCAUGGGCAGCUGCGCGAACGGUGGAGGAUACUACCACUACAGCUACUCCGUGACUCGGGGUUGUGACCGCAUUGUGCCGGUCGAUAUCUACGUGCCUGGCUGCCCGCCCACAAGCGAGGCGCUGAUGUACGGCAUCUUCCAGCUGCAGAAGAAGAUGAGGCAUACCAAGAUUACACGGAUGUGGUACAGGAAGUAAGGCAGAUGGGUCGGAAGUUUUCUGCGUGAGUGCGGCAUAUUGGCGUUCCUUUUAUGCGGGCAUGUUGAUAUGUAAAUAUGCUGGAAUUGACAACAGGCAAGAGUCUCAACAUCAGGUUAUUGUUGCGCGGCGACUGUGAAGAGCUGAGCGGUUGGCUCUGCUCGCCUUGGGAACGCUCCUGCGGCACAUGUCGUGUGUCAGUCUGACAUACAAGGUGCAGUGGGGUGGCUGUCGUUGGAUUCAACUCAGUCCGGCCUCAAAUGCUGACAGACAUAGUUCACAAUGUUGGGCAUGAAGCUGUCUUUCCACCAGCUGAUUAAUCAAUCCGAAUGUCGCAGGCAGGGGAACGCGGCUUGCGAGGCGUGGCAAUGUAAUUGGGUACAGGACAACUCUCGCAG